AUGAGCUCAAUCGCAACCGACAUUGCGCAGCGUCGCGACGACUCAUCCGAGCUGGCCUCGGGCGAAUCGACCGGUCGAGCCGGCGCAAACGGCGACGGCGUUGCGCCCUCGGAUCACGACAGCCUCAACAUCACUAAUAAUCAUGCUUACAAAAGCUUACGAGUACAAUGCGACUCGAAGACAUCGUGGACUGAGCCAACACAGCCGGCGCAGCCGCCAGAAGUCACCCUAGCCUCUAGAGCGAUCCAAUUCUUUGCGACUGCUACACCAGCAACUCUCGCAGGAUUCGGCGUCGGAGUCUCUGCAGUGACAUAUGCUGUUCUUGGGCGGCUUGGUCUCGUGCUGAUAGGGGCAUUCGGCGGCGUCGUCUCCUUUAUCAUAUGGGAGUCGAAGAACCCUGAGUUCGCAAGGGCAGUUCGUGGUGAAGAUGGACCAGCGGUAUUGGACAGAGUUUGGGCAGACCUGAAGACCGUAAGAGCCGUCGAGAAGCAGGACGAUGACGACGAUGACGAACAGUACCGCAUGAGAGGCUUCGAUGACUUUCGUCCAGAGACUAAAGAGGCGCUGAGCGGCUUGGUCGAUGCCAUUGUGCAGAAUUACAUCAAGUGGUGGUACAGUCCGCUUGUGCCUUCGGACCAUGCCUUUCCUCUUGCUGUCCGCAAGACUAUCACAUCCUACCUGCUGGCCAUCUCGAACCGGAUGAGCCGCAAGCGACCAGCCGAUGCUUUUCUCGAUCUCCUGACCAAUUCGACUUCCAUGAUUAUCGUUUUUCUUUCAGAAUUAGCCACUGCUUUCGCCGAACUGCCCGCCGACACAAAUGUGAACGCUGCCGAUGCUAUAUACAAUUAUCUGGCGGAAAACCCCGACUCCCGCCUUGCAAACCUGCUUAAUAAGAGGCAGCAGGCAACGAAAUUCAAGAUGGUUUCCGAGGACUUGCUUAGUUUCCUAGACAAGAGUGCCUACAACUGUGAUCCCGCUCGGAUUUUCUUGCGGGAGAUUUUGGCGAAUUCCGUGCUCGAACAGACGCUACAGCAGUGCAGCAGGGCCGAGUGGAUCAAUGGGUGGAUCGUAUAUCUUUUGGAAGCAGGAGAACCCAACUUGAAUCAAGCAAUCGAUGUCGGCAUGCAGACGGGCCGCGACGUGGCCAACAACGUCUUUGCCGACUUGGACGGUAAUGUCGGUAACAUCGGCAUCGCGAAGCCUCGACGCGGUAGUAAUGAUCAAGGCCAGGGUCGACGGAAAGAGUCUUCUCACAAGAAAAAACUGAGCAAGGCAGAUGAGGAACUGGAAGAAGCUAUGGAAGAGAUGAAGCGAAUGAACGCCAUGAUUGCAGAGGAUGACAUGCGACGAAAAAGGGCAUCCACAUUGACAGAGGCGUCUGAGCGCUCAAAGCAAAGCAUGGACUUGGCGACUGGAGAUGGGGAGGUCCAGAAGAAUGGUUCUGCAUCCGAGACAUUGUCACCGAUAUCCAGCAGAUACCCGACUCGCGGAGCUUCUGAAAGCAAAGAUCAGUCGUUUACGAGUUUUGAUCAAAUCGUACCUCCUGGCCAGCCAGUAGAUAGCGAUGAAGAUUCGCCGAAAAAGGCACCGCUUACUUUGCACAACGCUUCUUUCACGCUACACGACGAUGGUUCAGGGGACAUGGGAAAGAUCAAGAACAAGCCAAAUACCGACUACUUGAUCCAAGUCGAGCCAUCGUCCUCUCACUACCCCGGCUGGAUGAUUGUGAGGCGAUAUUCUGACUUUGAGACGCUUCACGAGAUCUUGAGGCGUAUUGCUGCCGUAUCAGGCGCAACCGCUUUCAUGGAGCUUCACAAGGAACUGCCCAGCUGGAAAAUUCACACCCGCGAGUCCCUUCGCGGCGAACUGGAGAGAUAUCUACGAGAUGCCUGUUGGUAUCAAGCCCUGGCAGAGAGCGAGGGCAUGAAGCGAUUCCUCGAAAAGUCGCAGGGACACACGCAUGGCAACUCCAAGUCCUUUGGUUGGGAAACAAUGGGCAAGAACAUGCUCGAAGUACUGUCUAUUGGUCCCAAAGGGGCCAUGGAAGGCGGCAAGAGUCUUGUCGGAGGCGUUAGUGGCGUCUUCGGCAACCUGGCUGGCCUGAAUCGAAAGUCGACUAAUCAAUCAAUCGACCUUACCCCAAAUCCGAACCGAUUAUCCAUAUCAUCAACUACGGCAAGCCGAGUUGAUAGCAUUGCACGGUCACCCGCAAGGUCGGAGCGUGCCAGUCUCGAUAGCCAGAGGUCGUCGGUGAUUGCUACCCAGCCGGGCAGGAUUGCCCCAAUGGAGCGAAUGCUGAGCUUCCAGUCUCCCAACACCAGCGAGACGGACCUGAGGAUGGGCCAGAGAGGCCGAGUAGACUCGAUAUCUACUUCGGUAAGCGCACGACCUAGCAGGGAGCACAGUAGAACAUCCAGCCUGGCCGCUCUCCGGUCACCAUCGUCGGUUAGCCUGGACUUUACCAAGCUCCCGCCGCCGCCAGAUGAGAUUAGUGAUGACUACGAAUCCAACGAGUUUGAUGCAAAGCCGCGUAGAAAGGAAGUUGGUAUCAUGGAAGAUCAUAGCCGUAACAAUAGUUCGGCAGCCUUGAACGGGUCGGCGUCCGCGCCGGCGUUAUCUGGCAAGAAGAGCCCGGCAAAGCCCGUCCGCCAGUUCACGCAACUAAGCGAAGCGGAAACUCGCGUGGCAGUCGAGCUCAUCUUUGCUGUUAUCAACGAGAUGUACACCCUCUCGUCGGCCUGGAACAUCCGUCGGACACUGCUCACGGCAGCAAAGUCGUUUUUGCUACGCCCUGGCAACCCCUCACUCCUGACGGUGCAGUCCCUCAUUCAGGCAUCUGUGAUAGACGCCAACACUUCGGAUGCAGGGAUCGCAUCCGGACUACGCAAAGUGCGGGAGAACACCAUGCCCACGGAACAGGAGCAAGCAUCCUGGCCAGCGCCGUUGACUGAAGAGGACAAGAAGCAGCUGGCCAUCAAGGCCCGCAGGCUUCUGAUCCAAAGUGGAGUGCCGGCGGCCCUGAUGGGCGUGAUGGGACAGUCGGCCACUGGCGAGGCGCUGGGGCGUGUGUUUGACUGUUUGCAGAUCGAGGAGGUUGCGCGGGGACUAAUUUUUGGCCUAAUACUGCAGGCAGUGAGGGUUCUUACACACUGA